AUGCAGGCGCCCAUCUACUGCAUCCUGCUUUGCAUCUGCACAUAUCAGGGACUCCUCCAAGUCAAGUCACAGAAGUUUCCUCCUGCCAUGCCUGAUGCCUCCUUUAUACUUUUUGGUCCUUCCAGGGAUAACAAAAAGGACCUACUCACCUCGAUACAGGAGAGUAAAGCUCAACAAGGAGACGUGAAAACUCGAACAAAGACAGCAGAGUUUGAAGAUCCUCCUGAACGCAGACAAUUUUGUAAAUGGCCUUGCAAAUGCUCAAACAAACCAAUAUGCUCUGCUGGUGCAAGUCUAGUAACAGAUGGUUGUGGAUGCUGUAAAGCCUGUGCAAAACAAGUUGGCGAGCUCUGUACUGAAGCUGAUACCUGUGACCCCCAUAAGGAUUUAUACUGUGAUUAUUCUCGUGACAGGCCUAGGUACGAAUUUGGAGUAUGUGCAUAUACGAUUGGAGUUGCGUGUGAGUUAAAUGAAGCUUUUUAUCAUCACGGUCAGACAUUCCAGCCAAACUGUUAUUAUAAAUGUACAUGUCUGAAUGGUGCAAUUGGAUGUACGCCUACCUGCACAAAGAAAUUGGCUGCUGGCCAGUGUAGGAAUCCCAAGAAUGUAAAGAGGUCUGGGUACUGCUGUGAAAAGUCCUUUUGUGAUAAGGCUCCGGGGAACAAUCAACAACUAACAGCAUAUAGGACAAGGCCUGCUUAUAGGGCAAGACCAGUAGUAUGGCGGAAAACAUGUCCAGCACAAACAACUCUGUGGAGCCCCUGUUCGAAGUCCUGUGGCAUGGGAAUAUCAGUCAGAGCAUCGAAUGACAACAGCCAGUGUGAAUUUAGGAGAGAAAAUAGACUCUGCUUUAUUCGACCUUGUGACACAGGUGGAUUGAAAAACCCGAAGGUAAUAAAAGGUAAGAAGUGCCAGCAGACAUUCCGGCCAACUAAACCAGAGAAAUUUGCCUUCUCUGGCUGUACAAGUAUAAAAAGUUACAGGCCCACGUAUUGUGGCGCAUGCAUGGAUGCACGCUGUUGUGUGCCCAACAAAUCAAAAACUGGGAGAAUACAAUUUAACUGCACCGAUGGGGGGAAAGCCACAUGGAAGAUGACGUGGAUCAUAUCUUGUGAGUGUGGACAUAACUGCACUAAUCCAGAGGACCCAUUCACAGAGCUGAGAUUACUCUAG